AUGCAUAACUACAUGCCGAAAAGCUUCGACGAAAUAUUGAUACACCCCAAGGACAAGCAAACCAUUUUGGACUUCUUCACCCAUUUGAUAAAAUUCAAUAAUGACCCAAUUUUAAGCAAAGAGUUAGAAAACUUGAGUAGUGCCAAACAGACAAUCGAUGUGCAGAAAUUAAGGAAUAUAUGUGUAAUUCUAGGGGCCCCCGGAAGUGGGAAAAGCACAUUAAUAAAAUACCUAUGUGACAAAUUAAAUAUGAGAGAGUGCCACUACGAACCAGAAUCGCAGGAACAUAUCUCUUGGGUUAGAAAGACUAGUGAAGAAAACGAGCAGUACUAUCAUCCGUAUAAUAAUUUUUUACUCUAUUCGAAUUGCCAAAUUGGAAAUACAAAAAAGGCAGCAAUAAAUCAUGCGAAAAAACAGGACGACCAAAAGUGUGCGAAAAAGAACAAACUAUGCAACACCAUGUUGUGCCACGGAAUCCGUAGUAACAAUAAGAGGAAAAAAAAAUAUGAGCAUAGAGAAAAUUGGCCAUUACAGAAAAUUUUUAAAACCGAAUUGGGGAACAACCACCCAAAUGGCAGAAUGAACAACAAAUCGGUACCGGUAGAUAUUGAAAGUGGGGUUAAGAAGAAAAUUGUAGCAGAUUUGGUAGACUGCAGCGACGUUAACGGGAAAAUAUCCAGCGUGACGCUCAAAUUGUACAACGUUUAUAUGAAUCUAGUCAGUCCCACAAUUAGGGUAAAGAGCAAAAUAGGCAGUCCACGAUGCUUAGAAGGUAAGCAGGUUUUUUUUCCCGCCGGUUUGUCUAACCAGUUUAACAAAAUGACACACAAAAAUUACACCUUGGGGAUUAACAUGUGGAAAAAAAUGAACAAGCUAUUAACUUUGGCUGAUAAUUUGAAAAGGCACAUUUUGGAAAACGAGGAAGAAGCACACACAUUUGGGAAGGAAUUUAUAAUCGAUAUGUUUGUGGAUGGCAAUCAUAGCGAAUACCUAAUUAACCACAUGCAGUGUUCCUCUAAUUUGCGCGAACAGAUCAACACAAACGCGAAGGAAGCAAACAGUUUAAGCAAAUCAGUGAUAGAUAUUUUAAAAUUGUAUAUUAACCUGAUGGAUGAAGUGAAUGAAGAUUUAGCCCUGGCCAACACGCUCAGGGAAGAAUUAGCAGACUUUAUCGAAAGGAAGAAAAUAAGACAGGGGGCAGAAAAGUUCAUGCCCUAUGGGGGGAGCCACCACUUUUUCAUUAAUGGGAAGGAGAAGAAUGAAAUGCAACGGAGGGAAGAUGCCCCCUCUUCGAUUAUUGACCCACUCGAAAGUGAGGUCAAACAGUUUAUAGAAUCACACAGGGGGAAGCAAAUAAUCCCCCACUUGGUAGAAACGACAAAUUUAAAGCAAAGCAUAGGGCAACACCAGCGCAUUAAUAGUGAUCUCUGUAAUCGGGAGAAGAUCAUCCGAGCGGUUGCUGGUGAAGAAAUAAAUCACAUUUGGAAAUACACCACUCUGCAGAGUUACGGGAACAACGGCAUACAUGAUAAUAUGGGUAAAGAGCCUCACACGAGCACAGGUCUGUUAUAUUUAAUGGAAAUAAACGAUCAGUUCACACAUUUUAUUAACAAUUUUUAUGUCUUGCAUAGUAUUAGGGGUCUCUCCCUGUGCAACUCUUUUUUGGGCAACCAUCUGACCGAAGCAGUGAUUAUUAAUACCACCCUUGUGAGUUACCUAAAGGGAGAAGUGGCUAGUGACCUUAUUAGGAAAAACAACUCCCCCAAGAGGGGAAGUGAUGAGAAUGCUCCGAUGAUGCCUGAGCUUCGCUCAAAAGUGGUGGGGACAAAAUUGGUUCCGUCAUUUUCCAACUCGAUGGAAAACAUUCCAACGAAUUGUAACGAUGAUGAUCAUGUUGCAUGGGGAAAAUUGAGAGGCAUACUUCAGGGGAAGAACCCCUUUCAGGAUGAAACUUCCCCUUUUACCAUUCGACACAAUUGGCCAGAAACUGGUGUGAAUUUGCCCCUUCCGGAGAAGGCACGAAAGAGAAUGGCCAACUACUGCAGCGAGAUUUACAAAGUGAACAAGAGAAUGACAAGCAAGCUAAUCAAAUGUAACGAUUUGGUCGAAGAAAUGAUAAACCAGUUGGGAAAAGACAGAGAUGUGAAGGGGAAAAUCCUUUGCGCCCUGAUGGAGGAUAUAGAACUGAGCGAUACUACUGUCGAGUGGUUCAUGCCAAAUAUUUUGGAGAAACAAAUGAGAAGAGUCAUUUCGGGGAGCUACCUCUACAGGGAAUUUGCCAACAUCGAUCUUAAAAAAAAAUGGGAAGAGGAGAAACAAAAAAAUUACUACGAAGAACAUUUUAUAGGCACUCGUGCGGUUCUCCUUGACGAGUUACCAUUAACUGAGUUAGAAUAUUCGGAAGACUUCCGAGCGAAUUGCGCCAGUUCGAUGGAGUUUAUAUUCAACCGAGUCAAUCACUGUAAGCAGCAGUAUGUAAAGUACGUUCGGGAAAACUACCCCACGGAGCAGUUCCCCAAGUGCUAUGCAAUUCACCCCAUGGUAAUCCUCAUAAAUGCGUAUGAACAAAUAAGGACCGUCAAUAUGUUGCUAGGAAUUGACAUAAAUAAUUCUUCAUAUGUUUCUUUUGUAAAGUUAAAAAAAGUGCAUCCACUAUAUUUGGAGAAGACCCUGGCAGAAAGGUACUACUGUAGAAUGAUCAACCUGAACCGGAACGUGAAAGAGGUUGUAAAACGAUUGGCACAUAACUGCAAUGGAGACAUACGGUCCUGUUUUAACUCCCUCGACUUACUAAAUCGUAUUCCCAAUUUGAGUGAAAUGUCACUCGAAGAAAUUAACAACAUUUCUCUUCUGUGUCAAAAUGAUAUUUUUUCCUUUGCUAGGAAGGUUCUGUAUAGGGACCUGGGGCUAGACACUAUUUCAACGGAUCGUCUGUCUACAUCAAUUUGUUCCAACUUGGGAACACAUUAUGCCAUUUUGGACACCCACAGGAAGGUGACGCAUGGGAGGAUAAGCGGAAGCGCAGUAGGGAGUAACUACGAAGCAGUUACCACCAAUCAUGUUGAGGAGGCAAAAAAUCAACCCCACAAAAAUAAUCUACACAAUUGCGCAUAUAGUUCUGCCUCCCCUACGAAGAUGCCGCUUAGCACAAGCAGCGCCCACCAGACGAAUCGCCUGACCACGCUAAAUGAGCGAAAGACACACAAACAACAGGGUAAAACUUACAUGGAAAUUUUCACCGAAUUGGAUGACAAAGCAGAUAUGAUGAGCACAACGGAGAAAUUCCAAGUCCUAUCGUUGUUAAAAGAAAAUUAUAUAUAUUUUUACAACAGCUUACCCGAUAUGGCUAGAUUAUUUUCCAACCUGAGUGCUAUUAAUUACUCCUUCCGUGGCAUCGACUGUUCAAACUUCUUCAUGAGAAAGGCGCAUGAAAAUAUGAAUGACGAUGUAGCGAGGUCUGUGGAUGACCACUUCAGGUUGACCUACAGGUAUUACAUGGUCUGUAAUGGGAACCCCCGGAGGCCAGUGGAUAACACAUUCCCGGCGCAGGAAGGGUUAACUAAGGGGGAAAACAGGUCAUCCUAUUCUUCGUCCACCCAUGGAGUGCCCACCCAAAGUCACGUGAACAGUUCCUUCGCCCUGAAGAUCAAUUCCAUGAAUAAAUACUAUCACCAUUUUAGCACAGUCAGAAAGGAAUUAUACGACCGUUACAUCAUGAUUGUGCUGAGGAGAAUAGCGAAUCAACCUGUGAAUAAUUCGCAUGACGUUGCAGCAAGGUACCUCUUCUUCUUAAGGGGGAAUUACGAAUUGUUUGCGAGUUUUUUCCCCUGCUACAUUAUGUUGAUUAUACAGCACUGGAAUAGUAAACACGAGUGCAAGGGUGCGGCUAUGCGGGGUAAAGAUGUGGACACACUUUUUGUUUUCCCCCCAGAUGAACCACCCGACAGUGACCCGUUUUCCCUUAACAAAUUCUGCGAAAUGGUACACCACUUCAAACCGCGCGGUUCUGGCCAUGAGAAAGCAGAGGAGCAUGUUACGGAUAUUAUUUCCUUCGCGGAAACUUUUAUCACUCCAAAAUUUAUAGCUCUUUUUUUCCCGUCUUAUUUAAAGUACUUAAAAGAGGGGACAAAGCAAAAGCAGAUCGUCCGGAACUUCAUCGGCAAUGAGGCCGUAUCUAUCGAAACGUACUUCGAGAUGCGGAGCGCGCUCCGCCUGCACGAUAUGGAGCUGCACAGCUAUUUCUUCGAAUACUGA